UGAGAGAGCGUGAGAGUGGCCCGAGACAUGAUGUCCAUUGGAGCUGAUAGCUGACACUGUAGCAUGAGAGAGGAUGGAACAGACAGACAACCCUGCCCCUGAGAGCAACAACCCUAAUGGGUUUGUCAAUCGAGUGUUUAAUGUUUCUCUGGAUGUGGAGAAUGAAACGAGCAGUGUUUAUAUUCAGGAGUCGGGGCAGGGAGGUACCCAAGCUGCCUCUUCUCAGUCCCCUGUCAAGGACAGACAGGAGGUCAACCGGAGGCCCCGUGCGUCAGGCGGCAUCUGGAAGAUCUUGAACCGAAAGAGAGCAAUGUCAGAGCUGGAUCGGCGACCCCACUCCAUGAUCUUGCCCGGGGAGGCUUCCAUCCCUAAACUCUCAUUUGCUGACAAAGUUCGCUCAUUCAAGAAGCUCAAGUCACCCUCUGUGUUCAAGGGCAAGGCAGGGAAACUGUCCACAGCAAAGUUCAGCAGCUCGUUGGUGGACGAGGAGUCUUUCUGUCAGGACAUUGGCACACCACAGCAGUCCAGCAGGGGCACACUACGACACCGUGGCAAGCGACACUCAUAUGCUGGCUACACUGCCGAAUUUGACUGCUCGUUUGAAGAUAUUGACCUCUCAGCUACCCUAGACAGCCAUCAGCCCCCUGUGACAGGAGAGGCUGUGACUCAGAAUGGUUGUAAACAAUCUGAAAGAGUUUCCUAUACCAAAAGAAGCCACAACAAUUCAAACAACUGUAACAAAACAGCUUCAGCCUAUGAAGAGCCCAGCAUUAAAGGUAGCCUGCGUACCAACCAGGGGACAGGGAGGAGGCACAAAGAUGUGUGGAGUUACCUGAGGAGGAUUUCUAUUUUGGGGAAGGCCAACCCUGUUUACUCAGAGAGGAGCUUUGACUCUGAACUCCCCUCUCUGGACAAAACCAUAGACUCAGACUAUGGCUCUGUAGACUUUGAGAUUGUCAGAGACUUUCAACCUCCGCCCCCAAAACACUCUGACACCAAGGGGCACUUUGGUGGCCUGUUCAAGUUUUUCAACAGCGUAGCAGAGACGGCCAGAAAAUGGCGGACAACAUCACGGUCCUUUUCGCCUCCAGAGGGAGAGAUGACUCCGAUGAGCUCCCCGAGGGCCCCACAGCGCACAGUGGACAAUAUUCACAGUGUGUCCCUGACACUUCACAGCGAAGGACUUCCAACAUCCCAGCCUACCCCGUCGUCACCAGUGAACACUAAACCCUUACACUCCAGUAGGUUUGACAGCGAGGCUACAGUGCCUGCGACAGGGGGACGAUCCCCUAAGGUGGUCCUGAAAGCCUUCAGGGCAUGCCCAAGAUCUCAAGCUGUCAAUGGCCUCCAGAGUUCUGAGGACAAACACACAGAUGGAGAGGCAAACCACACGUCCACAGCCAUAGUAGAGAAUCACAUCCCUCAGUCAUGUCCAAACACAGAGUCUAAAGCGGUAACAGGGGUUAAAAGAGAUCCAUUACACUGUCUGUGUCAGGAGGAAAAGGUAGAGGGACACACAGGAAAUGAGCAGGAUUCCAAGGAUGCUCCACCUGACUCCCACCAGAUACAGGAAGUGAACGUGCAAUCACAACAAGGUGAUAAAGAGAGUACAACCAAUAGCGUGUCUGCAUCAGAUUCCACAGAGGAAAUAUUUAAGCUGUGUGAGCAGAUUGCCAGCCAGACAGGCUGCAGUGUAAGACAGCCGGGCUCAGCCAUGCCCCACUCUAGCACAGAGAGGACCUCUGUACAACACAAGCACCCCCGCACUCGUCCUCGCCCGGCCUCGGCUGUCCUGGACCUGUGGAGGCCCAACCAAGACCGAGAUCUCUACAGCCACUACAGUGAUGUCGGCUCGCUGUGUCGGAGAAGACGCAGGCCUGCUCCCGCCAUGCAACAUUCCCCGGGGCAGAGACGGGUGGCUGCUCGCUCCAGGCCCUGCUCUGUCAUAGAGACCAGUGUUACUAGGGAGACGCAGUCCAUGGAGAUGCACCACAGAGCCUUGUCUCGCCCACCGGGCGUGUCACCAUUAGAGCCCCCACUUCGGGCAUCUCUCCAGCGGUGCAGCUCCAUGCCGCUUUCCCCCAGCACACUCACGGCCUUGGCGCUGCUCCUUCCUCACUCAGAUAUGGGUCAGUCGUCAUCGUCGGUGCGUUUGCGGUCCAGAGACACCGGGAGCUGCAACAGGAGGAGGCUGUUGAGACCUGGCUCAGAACCACUGCAGGUCAACAUAGUGAGUGGCAAGGUGUCUGUAUACACAUCCAAAGUGUACGUGCCACACUGA